CGCUAUAAAAGGCAGUGAGGCGGCCUCACUGCUCUCAGUCAUUCAAUCGGUGUCAGGUGUGUGAGGAGGUCGCUGUCCCGCUCCCGUGUGACGCUUGGUAUCGCGUUCCCUGUGCCUUAUUUUCUCUCCUGGUGGAUUUGGUGCCUCGAUGGGUACAGCUUUCGUAAAUGCUUUUUAAGAACGCAAACAGUACAGCACAGAAGAACGGCUCCUUUGAGAGCGUAGGUCUUCUUUUGUACUUGCCAGGCUUCUAUUUCACCGGAGAGCCUCCUUGGGAGCAAAGCUGAGGCUCUCAUUGUAAUAAACCCCAUCUCUUACUUGUCCAUUUUGUUGCAUUCUACGUCUUGUGAUCUUAUAACAUUGAGACAAUGAACAGCUUUAGCAACGAAGACUUUGACUUCAGCUUCCUUGAGGAAGGUUUUACUGCCCGGGAUGUCCUGGAGCAGAAAAUCAAUGAAGUGUCCUUAUCUGAUGACAAGGAUGCUUUUUAUGUUGCUGAUCUUGGCGAUAUUGUGAAGAAGCAUGUUCGGUGGUAUAAAGCCCUUCCACGCGUAACUCCUUUUUAUGCCGUUAAAUGCAAUGACAGCAAAGCUAUUGUAAAAACUCUCUCCAUCCUGGGGGCCGGAUUUGACUGUGCCAGCAAGACUGAAAUUCAGCUUGUGCAGAGUAUUGGUGUGCCAUCAGAGAGGAUCAUCUAUGCAAACCCUUGUAAACAAGUCUCUCAGAUAAAGUAUGCCGCUAGCUCUGGGGUCGAAAAGAUGACUUUUGACAGUGAAGUGGAAUUAAUGAAGGUGGCACGAAAUCAUCCUAAUGCCAAACUCGUUCUGCGUAUAGCCACAGAUGACUCAAAAGCAGUAUGUCGACUAAGUGUGAAGUUUGGGGCUACCCUAAAAACUUGCAGGACAUUACUUGAACGUGCUAAGGAACUCAAUGUGGAUAUCAUCGGAGUGAGUUUCCAUGUUGGUAGUGGCUGUACAGACCCACAAACAUUUGUGCAAGCAGUCCUGGAUGCCAGGUGUGUCUUUGACAUGGGAGCAGAAUUUGGAUUUAGCAUGAACUUACUUGACAUUGGUGGUGGAUUCCCUGGAUCAGAAGAUGUCAAGCUCAAAUUUGAGGAGGUAACAUCUGUGAUAAAUCCUGCCUUGGAUAAAUACUUCCCAGCUGACUCUGGAGUGAAAAUAAUUGCAGAGCCUGGGAGAUACUAUGUUGCAUCUGCUUUCACACUGGCUGUCAAUAUUAUUGCAAAGAAGGUUAUGGUGACUGAGCAAACUGGCUCUGAUGAUGAAGAAGACUGUUCCAGUGACACAACUCUCAUGUACUACGUAAAUGACGGGGUCUAUGGCUCUUUCAACUGCAUCUUGUAUGAUCACGCACAUGUCAAACCAGUACUUCAAAAGAAGCCAAAAUCAGAUGAAAGGUACUACUCUAGCAGCAUUUGGGGGCCAACAUGUGAUGGUCUGGAUCGUAUAGUUGAGCGGUUUGAUCUGCCAGAGCUACAGGUUGGAGACUGGAUGCUGUUUGAGAACAUGGGGGCCUACACUGUGGCUGCAUCUUCAACAUUCAAUGGGUUCCAAAGACCAACCCUCUAUUAUGUGAUGUCAAGACCAUACUGGAGUCUGAUGCACAAUAUCCAAGAACAUGGUAUUCUUCCUGAUGUGCCGGAGUUGAACACUCUUCAUAUUACUUGUGCCUGGGAGAGUGGAAUAGAGCAUUCAUCUGCUGCCUGUACUUCAGCAAGUGUCAAUGUAUAGACUUAUUUAAUGUAGUUGUAGCAAUUACCUCCUAUACUUAGGAUUCAUUUUUUUGGGACCAUUAUUUAAUUUUCUUUUGUAGAGUAAAUGUUUAACAUUAAUGCAACAAAAUGGAUGACUGUGAGAUGGGGGUCACAUUUGUGUUCCUAUGGAAUUUUUUUUUUAUUUUAAUGACGCACAGCUGUCCUUCAAGCAUUUGUAGCUUGUGGGCUGGCAUAAUGUCAAUGUUUGACCAGUUUUACAAAUAAAGACAGUUCUUGAAACUCAA